CCUGGCAACGGCUUGUUUUUAGCAACCGGCGGCGGCCUGGCGGUGGUCCAGGAGGAGCUGCCUGGGGCGGGAGGCACCUGUCAUGAAUCCGCCGGGACCCCUGGGGGUCCUGGAGGAGAAGGAGGAGGAACACUUGUCCACCCCGAUUCUUGGGCCGUCCAUACAUUCUGACAACCCUCAGGAGCGGAUCCAGGCCCGGCGCCUCCGCAUCGCCGCGCGCCUAGAAGCCCGGAGGCGGGAAGCACUUGGCGAAUAUUUAGAUGGGAAGAAAGAGAGUGAGGAAGAUCAAAGCAAGAGCUACAAGCAGAAAGAAGAAAGCAGACUGAAAUUGAAUAAACUGCUGCUCUGUGGCACUGAGUUGGUGACAAAUAUCCAGGUGGCUACAGAUAUCAGAGAGAUCCACAGGAGAGUGGAAGAAGAGGAGAUCAAGCGUCAGAGACUCGAGAAGCUGGAGAACGAAGUCAAGACCAGCCAGGACAAAUUUGAUGAAAUCACUGCAAAGUGGGAGGAGGGCAAACAGAAGAGAAUUCCCCAGGACCUGUGGGAAAUGCUCAACACCCAGCAGGUGCACUGUGCCGGGCUGAUCGAGGACAAGAACAAGCUGAUCAGCGAGUUACAGCAGGAGUUGAAAACAAAAGAUGACCAGUAUGUGAAGGAUUUGAAGAAGCAGUCAGAUGACAUCUGCCUGCUGCUGGAGAGAAUGGAAGAACAAGUGAAGCACGUGAUGAAAACUUUCCGUCAGGAGCUGAAUUACAUUGAGAAAGCAUUCGAGGUAGAACGACAAGAAAUGCUGGCCAGUAAUAAGAAGAAAUGGGAGCGGGCCCUGCAGGCUCACAAUGCUAAAGAGCUGGAGUAUCUUAUGAACCGCAUCAAGAAGGUAGAGGACUACGAGAAGCAGCUGAACAAGCAGAGGGUGUGGGACUGGGAAGAGUACAACAUGAUCAAGAUCAAGCUGGAGCAUGAUGUGCAGGUUCUUGAGCAGCAGCUUCAGCAGAUGAAAGCAAUUUACCAGCUAAACCAAGAGAAGCUGGAGUACAACUUCCAGGUGCUGAAGAAGAGGGACGAGGAGAGCACAGUGAUUAAAUCCCAGCAGAAGAGGAAGAUUAAUCGCCUGCACGAUGCUCUCAACAAUCUGAGAGCGAAAUACAACAAACAGAUCAAGCACUUUCAGGAGGAGAACCAGUCACUGACCUCUGACUACAAACGCUUUGUGACGCAGUUCAAGGAACUACAGAGAGCCAUGAGGCAUUUUGCUCUUGUUGAUGACAAGCAGUUUCGGGAGAUUUGGCUGAUGAACGAAGAGGAGGCAAAGGAUCUGAUCAGCAGAGCCUUUGCUGUAGACAGGAUCGUUCAUACCCACCACCUGGGGCUCCCCUGGACGGCACCAGACUUCUGGUUCCUGAGGAAUGUGGGACCGAUCUCUCAGCAGCCGCGGAAGUCUGCCGCGCAGAUCUUAGAGGAGGUGCUGAUGCAAGCAGAAGAGGAGGGGACAGAGAAGGCCGCCUCGGAAGCAGAGUCUUACCUCGACCUGCCAAAGCAGAUUUCCCCAAGAACUACCAGAAAGAUCCUGAUGCUCCUGUGUGAUGAGUCGGGUUUCCUCAUAGAGAGCAAGCUGCUGAGUCUUCUCCUUCCCCUGGAGAAGAACGAAUGCUAUCUGCUGAGGCUGGACGCCGUCUUCUCGGCCCUUGGAAUUGAAAGCGAGGACGACUUAUAUAAACUGGUGAACUUCUUCCUCAAAUACCGAGUUUAUCAUUCACCCUCCGGUCAGGAACAAACAAGCCUGAUGUCGGGACAGGAGCCAGGAGAGGAGAUAGACCUCGAGGAACAGAAGGAGGAAAGCCUCGUGGAAGGGGAGCCGGAAGAGAAGGAGGCUCCCCCUUCUCCCAGUCUCAUCCACCCCAAUGAUGUCCUCAAGAUCCUGGAGGCCUUUGUCAUGGGUCUGAAGAAACCCAAGGACUCUCAGGCACCAGUGAAGAUGAAGUAUGUGCGAGAUAACUCGAAGGACUCGGAGUAUUGGGAGGCCCUGACCACGGUUAUCCCUGAUGCCACGCAGAACCUCUGGGACGCCCUGUACACAGCCCUGGAGAAAUACCACCUCGUCCUGACCCAGAGGGCCAAGCUGCUGCUAGAGAACCGUUCCCUGGAGCAGCAGAACACCGAGCUCCAGAUGCUGCUGCAACAGUAUCUAGAUUCCAAGAUAAACUCUGAACUGCAAGUUCCACCAACUCAGGUGCUCCGGGUCCCCACGAAAUAGAGCUGGGCCUCCGAAGGCUGCCGUGUCGGGCUGUAUGCUGGGGCCGGGGCCGGGCCCAGAGCCGCCGCUGGCACG